AUGAAUGCCUGGUCUGUGGCACGGCUAAAAAUAGAAAGGAGAGGCACCUUGUUGAUGUCCAUGGAUAUUCAAAGCCAAAUUUCCGAAUUCGAGGCACAGAAGAAGAGCCGGAGAAUUGCUGUAUCGGGGAAGCCUAUUUAUAACUGCGAAUUCUGUGAUGCGAGAUUCAACAGCGCGGGUGGGCUGAGCUGUCAUAGAGGAACAAAACAUGCCGACGAAUAUUCACCUCGAGUUAUCACGUGCCCCAUAUGCAGAGAAACGGUUAAAGUGAGAGAGAAAACUGAUGGUGUGACAGUUGAACACUGUCUCACCCAUACCGGACAUGAAGUCCGCCCAUCUCAGCUGAGACUUGAUAACAAUGCUGAGCAGUUUAUAGUCUCGCUGCUACGGGAUGAUCUGACCGUCCGACAGCAUUUAAGAAUAUCUACAAAAGAAGUGCUGAGAAACAUCGCCUCGAAGUGCCGAGUGGACCCUGGAAGACUCCAGCAUUUGGACACGGUUUCAGUUCGGAGGCGAGUUGAUGCCGACUUGCAAUCUGAUGGCAUCCAGUUCUACAGGCCAGCACAAGACGCCAGCGGAGAUGGAUUCAUGCUGGUCGUCAUAAAUCCAACGCAGAAAGAGUGGCUACGAAAGUAUGGACAGAGGGCGUUAUGUGUGGAAGAUACGUUCAACCUAACGUCUUAUUUGUUAAGAUUAGCCACUGUAACUGUCGCGGAUGAAUGGGAUAGAGCUCUUCCAGCUGCGUACCUCCUCUCCUAUAGCAAACUGUUUCCAUCGUCCUGGACUAAACGGCUGUUAUGCCUACGGCAAGUACAGCAAGCCAUGAAGAGGAAUGCUAAUGCGAAAAUGGUUAACCGCGACCUCAGCGAGAUAUUCCUCAGGAAAAUGCGAGACAUCUGUCUUGUUCGCGAAAGAGGUGUCUUCGUAACACAAUACACAUCGAUGUUGUUACGAAACCUCACCUCAGGCAUUUAG